AGGCGCCAGGCAGCCGAUGGCCGGCCCUCCCGAAGCCGUCGGCCGAGGCCGCCCAUGGGCCCGCGGAGCAUGGCAGCCGAGGCGGCCCUGGCCCGCGCGGAGCGGGCCGCGCGGCAAGCGGUGCGCAGGGCCGACGCUCGCGGCGAGGACUUCCAAGAAGCCGAGCCCACAGGUUCCGUGCAUGCCGUUCGGCUGCUGCGGGCUACGAGCCAGCUGCGUGCCCACACGGGGCUCCACGACCUCCGCGAGGCCCAGGAGAGGCACCUGGACUCCCUGGACAGGCAGAUGCGGGAGGUCGAGCUCACCCGCGAGCUCGUCGCCAAGGCCCUCGAGAGCUCCGAGCCCUCCCUGCCGCCGGGCCGCGCGCGCCGCGCCCCGCGGGCCGCCGGGCGGCCCGCCCGCCUCCCGAGCGCCGGCGGCGCGGCGCCCGAGCUGUCGGCCGAGGAGCAGCCGAAGAGGGCCCCCGCGCGCGCGGAGUCCACGCCCGCGCUGCCCGCCGGCACGGCGGGCACGCCCGCGGGGCGCGCGCGGGGGCAGUGCCGCCUGGUAGAGCUGAGGCCGGCGCCGUGCCCUCCAGGAGCGGAGGGCCAGGACUGCCCGUGCUGCCUGUCCGCGAUGGAGGCCGGGCAGCCCGUCCUGGCCUUCCCUUGCGCCGCGCCGCACCACUUCCACGCGCGCUGCCUCGACGCUGGCUGCGCGCUUCCGGCGGGCGGAGCACCUGCCCCGUGUGCCGGGGCUGGCCGCGAGGCCGCCGGGCCAACCCCCGACCGAUGCCUGCGGGCCAGUGCGUCGGCCCGGGUCCGAGAUGACUCCUUCGGGUGCGGCCAGGGGGGGGGCCUUGAGCUCCUGGCGUCCCCAUUGUUGCGAACUGGAAGAUGUCGCCCGAUGUCGUUCCCUGGCCCGAAAGCUGCCGCAGGCCCCGUUUUUUCCGCCGAUUACCCCCCCGACGCUGCCCGAGCCGUUUUUACGGCGGGCUCGUGCUACCUCGGCGUGGGCGGCGGCACCAGCGCGGGUGCUCACGGUGGAGCACGCUGCUGGGGGCCCCUCUCUCGGGAGCAGCGAGAAGGAGAGUUCAGCUGCGGGGCCCACAGGGAACAACCCACGCGCGAGGUCCAUGCGAGACACGGGGCCAGCCCGCGCCCCUCGUUAGUUGCCAGGACCCACGUCGUCAAGGCAGAAGCCUUCCUUGUCGAGUACGUUUGUGCUCACUUGCGCGAAAUUCGCGGCAGCUCAGUCUGUGAUGCUAUUUCACCUCAGCGGUAACUGACAUCCGCAGGCAUGAGUUCGAAUGUUGAUGGAGAGCCAAA